UAUUUAAAAUGAAAAAUAUUGGUGCAUAGUGAAAAUAAAGAAACAAGAGAAAGAAUUAGAUAAUUACUACAAACCAAUACUUCAACGCUUCUUUCGCCCUCAUUUCAGUGCUUCCAAACCAAACGAAACUCUCUUGCGGUUUCCCUUCUCUGUCUUCAUCACUUUUUAUUUUUUUUAUCAGAGUUUUGUUUUGGUAGAGAAGAGAAUAAUGGAAAUUGUGGAGGCGGAAGCGUUGAAACCAAGCUUGAGGACAGAGUCUGUUUUUUCACAAACGAUUAGCGAGGAGAUUUUGUGUUUGAACGCGAAUAACGUUGUUGUCGGUGAAGAUUUUUCUGUCGAUGACUUGCUUGAUUUUUCAAACGGCGAAUUUCAACAUGGUUCUGUCGGAAAAGAAAUUUAUAAUUACGAGGAGGAAGAAGAAGAACAUGAGAAAAACAGCACCACCUCUGGCUCUGAGCAUGACCGAACAGAAGACGACGGAAAUUCUAAUUCCAUAAUGUUUUCCGGUAACGGCGAGUCUGACUCCAUUUUUGCCGGCGAAUUAGCAGUUCCGGCUGAUGAUGUUGCGGAUUUGGAAUGGGUGUCUCACUUUGUGGAUGACUCUUUGCCGGAGCUUUCUCUAUUGUGUCCGGUUCAAGCCCGGGUUGAACCGGAACCUAGACCAGGCCCAAGCCCAAGCCCAACCAAAGCUACUUCUCAUCUCACUUUAAUCCGCAGAAAGCCUAGAACCAACAAGACUAGAAGGCCCAACUGUAACAUGUGGUCAUUCAACCCUAUUCUGUGUAGAGCAAAGAAGCAGAGGAAAAAGCCCGAGGCCCAAACGGGUGGAGCUCAGGUUCAGAGACGGUGCAGCCACUGCCAGGUACAAAAAACGCCACAAUGGAGAACCGGUCCGCUUGGACCCAAAACACUAUGUAACGCUUGUGGUGUUCGGUAUAAGUCCGGUAGGCUUUUCCCGGAGUAUAGACCGGCUUCGAGUCCGACGUUUUCCGGAAAUAUCCACUCGAACAGCCACCGUAAGGUUCUGGAGAUGAGGCGGAGGAAGGAGACGGAAACGGAAGAAUCGGUAUCCGGUCUGAACCGGAAUCAAAUGGCGUCGAGUUGGUGAAUUUGUUGAGAACGAGACUGAGAUAGUGAUAAGAUAACUUGAUGAGGUAAGGUUAGAUUAGAAAACGAUGAACCAACCGGUCUGAACCGGGUUUUUUGGUAAAAUAGUCAAUGAUCUUAGUGGUAGUGAGUGACUAGGAAGAAGGCAUUAAUUGUCUGUGACUGUGUCCCAUUUUCUGAGUGCAGUUAAUUUGUUUAAUUAAAUGAAACACUAUUACUAGUAUAGUUAAAGUCUAGGAUAAGAUUUUUAAAAAAUGAGGACAUUUUGGCCCUCAAUUCAAGUUGGAGUAUUUAA